AUGUCUUCGCAAGACCGUACACUUCAUCUCCUCAAAUUCCCCACCGAAAUCCUUGAUAACAUCUUCAAACACGUUCUCCUCGAGCAUCCAGAAUGGAGCAUUAUGAUAUCAACCCCUGAUGGCGAACGUAUAAACAUGCAUUACAUCGAUCUCAAAGACAAGAAGGUAGCCCCCAUUUCCGGAGCCCGACCUCAAGUCCAGGUUCUUCGUACCUGCAAGCAAAUCCAUAGCGAAUACAGAGAAGUAUUUUGGAAAAACCGAAGCUUCGCGUGGAAUGAUCCUUCAAAGUUCGUGGAAACUGUCGCCUUUUCACGACGGAAUUUUUUUAAAGAUACCAUCGAUAAUAUAACGAGUCUGGAGCUUAUCAUUGAAUUCACGAGGAGCGAUCCACACCUUGCAACCUGGUUUAGGGCAUUGCAAAAAUCUAAACAUGAGCAUGAUGCUUUUGGUCGGUAUACAAGUACAUGGAAAGCUUUGAAACAAGUAAAGUUGCUUCUAUUCGGCGAUGGUUGUGGCUCUCCAAUAACACGAAGUUUUGUGUAUGGUAUUCGGUCAAAUAGAAAUGGCUUCAUGGCGCCGGGUGAUGAACUGAAUUUAGUAGAUUGUCAUAGAGGGUUCGCCUUGAUUCUAGAAUCAUUGGAUGGAUCUCUUGAAAGUAUUGCGUUUCCUCAUAAGAUCAGACGAGCAGACGGUCGAGUGAAGAAGCUCACACAGAUACUGGAUUUGGGCUUGAAAUGGGAUGACUAUUCCGAUGCAUACCACAAGAAGAACUGGGUUACACUCACUGCCAUCUUGAAAGCCUGCAAUUCUGCUUUUGAAGGUGCAGAGAUAUGGAUUGAUGGCGUUUUGUGCUGGAAAGAUAAUGUUGAGCAAGCGUGCAUGAAAUCAAUUGAGGACGUGAGAUUGUAUCAACGAAUGGUGGUCAGCGCUUGA